AUGGAUGAGUCCAUGUCUGAAUUCGAGCCUCCAGAGACGCCCGACUAUUACGCGGAUCUCGGGCUGCAACAAAAUGCAACACUCCAAGAAAUAAAACGGGCGCAUCAUUCGCUCGCGAGAAAGUAUCAUCCAGAUAAGCAAGGUCUAGGAGGAGUGUCUGUCGAUGCUCACGAAUUCCGCAAGAUUAGAGAGGCCUUCGAGUUUCUUCGAGAUAUAUCUAAUCGCUCCAGAUAUGACAUACGUUAUGCGCAGUUGCAACGAGCAUGGGCCCAAUACUACGCAUGGCGAGAGAUUCAACUGCAAAAUGAACAGCUAAGACGAGCCGAAGAGAUAUCACAGCAGAGAAGAACAGCUGAGGCCGAGAUGACACGUAAGAAGGAGGAGGAGCAACGAGUCGCAAGAGAAAAAGUAGCGCGUGAAAAGAAAGCAGAGGAGGAAAAGAAGGCUCGCAGAAGGGCGGAAGAAGAGCAACUCGCCAGAGAGAAGGAAGAACGCAAGAAAAUAAAGCAACUGAAGGAAGCGCUGGCGGAAAAAAGAUCACAGGAGGCGGCACGAAGAGCUAGGGAACAGCAGGAAAAUGCAGCCAGAGAGCGGCUGCGCAGAGAGAAGGAGAGGGAGGCAGAACAAAAGUCUGAAGACGCCGCUAUAAGGGCCAGGCAAGAGCAAGAGGUCGCCGCAGAAGAGAGACUAAAGACUAUAUUGAGGGAAGAAAAGCAUAAUGCUAUUCGGGAGAAUUGGGCGAGGAUGCGAGACGCCGCUGAGCUUCGACGAACAAGGCCAGCGCAACCUAGGACUCAGGGUCACAUAGAAUGCGACCAUCCUCGCCUAGGCUGGCCACGGAAGAGAGGGAAGCAUGCAAGACUAGGUACUAAUGGAUCCUGA